GCGGGCGACCCCACAGUCGCUCAUCUGGUCUCUUUCACCGUCAUCAGUCGAUGCUCCGAUGUGACAGGUGUAAAAUCUGUUUUGUUUCUGCGACUCGUAAUUUAAUUCGUAUUGUGUGUCAGACAUUUAACUUCUCGUGAAAGUGUGGAAUUUCUGCUGUAUCAGAUACAUUCAGUAUCCUUCUAAGAAAGAGGGACAAGUGAUGCAAGACGCAGCCAUGCCCAGGCGCUGGCUGCCCCUGCUGCUAUGCUGCACUGCAGCACUUGCUCUACCUUUCACAAGCCCAGAGGAGAAGGACUCAGAGGAGUCCCGACGCGUCUUAGGGUCCAGUGUGGUGACAUCAGUAUCUGUGAUCAUGGACUUGGGAAAUGGCACAAAGAAAUACUUUGCAGACGCUGCUGGACGUCCUGUAUCAAAACCAACAGCAGCGGCCAUGGUGGGAAGCCCAGCAGGUCUCCUGAACCCUGAUCGCUAUGAAUUCUACACGUUUGAUGAAGCAGGAGACCUCAUCAAGCGUCUUAUGAGCCUAGAGGAAAUUCAAAGCAUCAUCGCUAAUGGUGAGACGGAACUUGGGGAAGCAGGUUUUCCAAACUAUUACCACCAGAAUCUUCCACCAGAUUCUAUAGAAUUUGCUCCUUCUGCAUCAUCUACAGUCACAGACAAGGUAGUGGAGGAAGCUGAAGCAACUAACAUUGGAGAACUUUCAUCAAUUGUACCAGGAGUUCAUGAUGUUGUUGUUAGUGUGCAGAAUGUCUUAAAAGGUGAACUAGAAGCUUCAAAGAACAAAAUACCUUCCCCCAAACCAAUUCCUUCUCUGCAAACACCAAUGACAGUGGCCCCUUCAGAUUCAUCUUUAUCAUGGGGUGUGAUUCUUCCUGGAAUUAUAAAUAACACUAGUAUUGUUCCUGUUGUUGCCAGUCAGUCCACUUACUCAUCUAGUAGUCCUAUUAUAAACACCACACAAAAAUUGGGUAACACUUCAACUGGAACCCCUUCACAUGUUACAGAAAAUAUUCCUUUGACUACUACUCAAAAAUAUAAGAACAGUUCAGAAGCCUCAACUAAUCACAAACCAUUGCUUCCUGUGUCCUCAGAUAUAGUACAUGUGGACCAACCUGCCAGCAAUUCAGUAAAUGUCCAAAGUAAACCGCCAUCUUUGUAUUCAUCACCAACAUCUCAUGUACCAACUUUGUUACCACUUUCAUCAUCAUCUUAUUAUUAUUCUUCUUCUUCUUCAUCAUCAUCAUCAUCUUCACCAAUGCUCUCAUCAACAAAAUCACCAACAACACAAUCAUCAGCUUCUUCUUCAGCACAGUUUGUGUCAUACUCAUCAUCACCAAAACCUUCAUAUCUGUCACAUUCAUCAACGAAACUAUCAUCAACAACAUUGCCAUCCAUAUUAACAUCACUGUCAGUUUCAUCAGAAACACCUCAUCCACAGUCAUCAUCAUUACCAACAUUGUUGCCAUCUAAACUGUCAGCUUCACCAACGGUGUCAACUACACCACCACACAGACCACAACCACCCUCACUGACCAAUUCAUACUCCAGUGUAGUAGAAACAGUUACUAAUCCUCCUCUGAAAGACUCAUUGAGUGUUAACAAAAACAAGCCAUUCAGUCAAAAUGGGUCUUUCAGCAAACCCAUAAUUGGUGACAACCACAUAACAACAGCAACAACACAGAAACCAAUUUUCACAUCCCAUUUGUCUUCAUCCACGUCCAAAAUUUCAUCAACCUCAUUAGGUGUAGGAACUGAGUCUGUAGAUGUUAGUGCCACAUCUUCUGUAACUCAGCAGCCUUUGACUUCCUCGACCAAACCUUCAAAAAUUCCUGUCAACAAUGUAAUAAGUACAUUAUCACAGAAGGUUGUUAGUGUGUCCACAGUUCCUUACCAGACUCCCUCAUCACAUGUUGAGAGAACUACUACUCCCACAAAUUCUGCAAUCUCAACAGCAUCAAGUAUUGGCAAUAAUAGUAUCAUACUGGAACAUGAAAAUAGUGAAAUUUUGGAACCAGCAAUGGUCAUGAUAUCAUCUUCAGAAUCUUCAACGCAUGGUAACAUUUCAUCUUCACAAGAAUUCCUCAAUUUUUUCACAUCAGCCAGUAAUAUUUCUUCCACAACACAGCCCUUGCCAACAGAAUAUGUUCAGCCUAGCAAUACAACAUAUAGACCAUCUACAGGUAUAGAUCACAACAAGAAGCCUGCACGACCAGUCCAAUCUACUCCAACAAUUGUGGACAUUACAAAGAUUAGGACUCAACCACCUCACACUAGUAGUAGUUCUAUACAAACCAGUACUGCCAACCCACUGGAGACAAAGACAAGCUUGGCAGUGAUUAACAACAAAAAUGAUGGUUCAUCAACUGAAGAGUUUAUCAAAAUCAAUGCACAAAAUAUUAACUCAAUUACAACAACAACAACAACAACAACAACAACAACAACAACAGAGGUACCACUGUCAUCAAGUACGUGGAAAAACAAUGAUGAAAGUCUGUUGAUAAAUGAAGCUUCAGGGUUUGUGCCAGUGAAAAUCGAAUCCCCUGUUGGAGCAAUACCAUUGCCAACAUCUGCAAAUGAAAAUUUGGAUAUGCCACCAGAACUAGCAGAAUCAGUGUUGGGUGUCUUAUCUCAGGUUGCUGAUGUAGAAGGUGCUGUUACAACAAUUGACUAUGGUGAAAGUGGUUUAUAUGUUUUCAGCCUUAGCACCACAGGCACGAAACACAGUGUUACUGAAGGCAUUAGCUCAACUGAAAGCAGUAUUUAUUCAUCUCCAAACAGUACAGCAAAUGGUAUCCCACAGACCAACAUUACACUACUACACAAUGGUUUAAUGACAGAAUCAAUAAAUACUGACCAUAGUUCACCAACAAAUGAGGAUCUGUCUGCAACAACUCUACAUAGUGAAGCAACCCAACAGAAUGCAGUCACAAAACAGUCCAUUAGAGAGACACCAACACCCCAAGAACUCAGCAAUUUACAUCUAAAGGAAACUACAGGUGAUCAAACUAAAGUAUUGCUUUCAAUGGAACAUGCCAGCAGUGUUUAUGAACAAAAUAUGAUGGAGAGUACUACAAUAGAAACUGAAUAUGAACAGAAACAAAAUUAUAUAGAAUUUAAACAGGGUGGAAAUGAAAAUGAUAUGGAUGUUGAAGGGAUAAAUAAGGAAAAAGACAAAGUGACAAAUUCAGAAGAUCAAAGCAAAGUGUCUAAAGUAAACAUUGUACAUAAUACCAGUGUGGAAUUAUUAUCGAGUGCUAAUAAUAAUAAUAAUAAUAAUAAACCCUUAAAGACUAGUUUUGAAAUUAUUAAAACAGACCCAAAUGCUGAGGAAACUGUGACUAUUUCUGGAGACAAUGAUUCAGAUUUUGUUUCUAAUACAAAAACUACAUUUGAGGCUGUAGAUGAUGUUACUACUGGAAAUGAUGGGACUGAGCAGAGGGAAAGCACGGUAUACAGUUUUACUGAGCUGACAACAGAACAGCCAAGUCCUAAUACACAUAGAAGCAACAUUAAGAAUGAAGUGAAUGUGGAAGGUGCAAGUAUACUUGAUGUUGAAGAAACUUCAAUAGGAACAGAUACUGAUGAACUAUAUAAUACUGCAACAACUAUUAUACCUGAAACUACUUCUUUGAGGGAUAUGAUUGAAUCAUCAAUUCAGACAACAAAGGAAAACAUAGAAAUAGCUACAGUAACAUUAACAAAAUACAAGAAAGAUGACACUGAAAUGGCAGAAGAAUCUAUGCAACAUAACUUUACAAUGAAACCUGAUGAUGACCUUAUGGCUGACAAAAUCAAUACAGACAAUAAAUCUUCAGUUCAAGAGCACGAAUCUUAUGAUGAUAAAGAAACCUUUUCUACUGAACGUGAAGAAAGUACAACACAGAUGGAGAAUGGAACAACAGAAGAUCCAAGGCAGACAGAAGAGUUGAAUAUUCCUAUACAAACCACUACAAAUGCUGAAUUAAUUCAGGGAACAGAAACAAGAACUGAUACAAUCAUUACAGACAAAAAUGAUGGUAUACAUAUUAAUGAAGCAACAGUUAACAUGAAUUUGACUGAAAAUGAGUUAACAACAGAGUUACCUACUGAAGGAAACAUCAAAGAUGCUGUUGGUCACAAAACAGAAUCUCUUGACACAGUUCAUGAAAUGACUGCAGAAGACAUCACAACAGAGGUAACUUCAAGAUAUGAGACAGAAUUUACUACAGUACAUAUUGAAUUCACUAGUGAUAGUGGAGAAAACACAAGCUUUCAAGAUGAGGAACCUAAGGCUACGACUAACACACCUGUUACACAAGACAAGGGCUCAGAAACAACAAUAGCCUCUCCUGAAACUAAAAUUGAAAGUUAUUUUAUGGAGACAUCACUGGAGAAAGGAAGUGAAGUCAGUGAGAAAGAUGUCCAUCAUUGGGAGUCUAAUGUGACUAAUAGUACAGAUUCACCUGAGAAAGAAACAAAAUUUGGAAUUACCAAAACAACUGUUGAUAACACAAGUUGGACAAAACAUUCAACUGCACCACCUUCUCAGGUUAAUGAUGAUGAAAUCAGAGACAAAACUGCGUUUGGCAGCACAUCAAGACCUGCCACCAUAAUCAGUGUCAUAACUACAACAGAAAGUGCCACAGCACCAAUUGGAAUGUUGAAAGUCAGCGGUUUGAAUGAAGAGAAAUUAAAGGACACCAAGAUUAAAGCAAAUCCUCAGGAAUUCCAGCUCCCACAAACACAUACCACAGUUGAGCUUCAGCCAGCACCUCAAGAGAAUCUGGGUCUUGAAGCAAGUUCUGUAGGACUUGAUGAAGAUGUUCGACAUUUUGCUGAACUUUGCAAUGAAUUGGCUUUUCGUCUGUGGGCAGCUGUUACAACCAAGGGAUUGAUCAUGUCAAGGAGUGUGGUCAUGUCUCCUUUUGCAGUCACAUCAUUGCUUGCCAUGGUAUUCCUUGGGGCUCGGGGUCCAACCUCAGGUCAGAUGAAUGACAUCCUGCGUCUAGAUGACAUGGUUACCUUUAAUCCACACCAGGUGUUCAGGAACAUCACAGAGUCUCUGGUGAUCUCCAGAACUCAAGGCAUAGCAACAGCUGUGUUCAUCAGGCAGUUGUACAGUGACAGGACAAAGGGUAAGUUGCUGGAUUUCUACAAGGAGCGGGCUCAGCAAUUCUAUGAUGGUCACGUUGAAGAGGUGAACUUCAAUGCAAUUGGCGACCUGGUGAGACGACGCACCAACCUGCUCAUUAAGCGACAGACCCAUGGUAGGGUGCUUGAUUAUCUUCGCAGCUCCAACAUCCUGCUUCGCCCACCCUUAGCUGUAUUCAGUGCCAACAUCUUCCAGACUGACUGCAGUCAGGCAUCAAUCUACGGUCGUGAUGGGGAAAUGUACUUCACUGUGAUGCCUGCCAUGCGACAACGACGGCUUGUGCCAGUCCCUGCAGUUGUGUGGUUCAGUGGUUUCCUGGCUGGAUAUGAACCUGUAUUGGAUGCUACAGCAGCAUCAAUAGGCAGUGAUAACUCUCUCAUUAGUCUGGUAAUGGUAUUACCAGGUCAGCAAGGUCAACAGGCCCCAGGUGAUGGACUCCAAAGGCUUGAACAACGUCUAAUUGAAACCUCAUAUCGCCAUGGAGCUUGGUCACGUUUACUUCGAAGUCUCCUGCCUCGACCUGGGCUCGAAGUCCAGAUCCCUCGCUUUUCACAUCGUUCUCUACUUAAUGUCACCUUACCUCUACAGCGUAUGGGCCUUAAAGAUCUAUUCAGUGCUGAACAUGCUGAUCUACGUGGAAUCAAUGGUCUUGCAAACAAUUUGCACCUUUCAGACAUCAUCCAAGUGAACACUUUCAGUACAUGUUCUGAAGAAAAUGUCAGUUCACGGCAUCAUGUAGAAGUAUACCCAACAUCCCCUCAGCGGUCUGGCAGAGAGGAACUUAAUGAGAAUCUAGAGAAAGGAUCUGUGCAUUUUGAUGAUAUGGAUGAUUUGGAAUUUUCUUCCUUGCCUCUUGCCUUGAGACCACGCCAGGCAAGACUUCCCAAUGCUCCACGUCUGAGAUUUGAUAGGCCGUUCCUCUACUUUGUGCGACACAACCCCACAGGACUCAUACUCCAUAUGGGCAGGUUCAACCCUCGACUCCUACAUUGAUAAAACCAAUUACAAGUAUUUCUACUGAGGAAGGUGUCCAAAAUGGCUAAAGAUUCAUGGGAUCAUAUAUGAACAGCAAUAUUUCUAUGCUACUGGCCAUUACUCCACAAAGUUCUCAUUUAAUUACAUAUUUUCCAGAUUAUUUAAUGGACGUCUUAUACAUCUGGUUGAAAUUAUUCCUGUCUAGCAAUUACAGAAAAUAUUUAUGAGAAGAAAACUGCUGGUAAUGGAGAAUAUUUUCUUAUUUUCUCAGGCAGUUGAAUAUCAAAAGUGGAUUGAGGUCAGUCUCUAAGACACGUCCAUCCAUUCAUGAUGUAUAAUGAUUGUUUUACAAUAGCCAAACAUUCUUCAAGAAACCUGUGCUAUCAAUCAUGAUAUGAAGUUGAUAGCUUAGAAUUGUACAGGAAAAAUGAAAAUGUAGAAAUACAUUGAACUGAAGUAUGUGCUGAAGCAUGAAUUAAAUAUUAAUAUGCCACAUUUUCUCUGUUACACCUCUGUUGCUAGUGUCCGUCUGCCUGGAGACACACAGCAUGGGACUAUUUACUAGCUAUAUGCUACCAUAAAUCUUGUUCCCCACCCAAACUGCUUCUUGGUCUGCUACUGAUUGUAUUUGUUAUUUAUUAAUAUUUAUUCAGAUCUAAAUUACAGGGUGGGGGAUUGGAUAAAAUCAUUUAAAGUGAACCACAAGUGAUGGUGGUUGCUGGGAUAGUAAAAAAUGUGUAUUUUUAGUAAUUCUUGUGGUAGGUUUCACUAAUAUCGAGAUAGACCAAGCAGAAAGGUGUUAAGGUUUAAAAGGUAUAGUGGAAAUUAAUAUCGGUCUUGGUGAAACAAAUCAUGAGACAGCAGAAUGAAAGUGUGACAAUGAAGAAAAACCUCUUGUUGUGGCCAAAAUGAGUCUCACUCUGCGAAGUUGUGAUAUACAUCAUCAUCAUCAUCUAUAAGCUGUGUAAGCUUAAAAAAAAUUAUUUGUAGAAAAAUAAGGUAAAUAAAUCAUUAUCUUAUUUCAUAA